AUGUUACAAUUAGUGUUCUAUCUAAUCUUGCCAAUCCUAACUUCUUCCUCUGAUCCCAAUCACCAAAACCUAGCCAAAUCUCUCGCGCAACUCACAGAAACCGCCCUAACCCAGCCAACCCGCGAAAAUUGCAAAAAAAUCUAUAACGAUCAUAUAUUGUUCAGCGGUUUGAGAGAUAAGAAAUUGGAAAAGAUCGGGAAUUAUAUCGAGAAUUCGGCCAGUAAUCAAGAUAAAUGGUCCGGUGAAAAAGUGAGCCAAGAUAUUGAACCAGUGUCGUGGAAUAUGGUAAAAAAUGAUGUUUUCUGGGUGGAUUUUGUGGUAGAUCAGAAGGCGAAUAGAUCGAUUUGGGCGAAAAAAUCGGGAGAUAAUUGGAAGGUGUAUUAUGUGCAUUCUUAA